UGAAUGAUGAUGAUGAUGAGGUGCUGCUGCUGCCAACCAUGGUAAUUAAAGAUUUCUAGAGAGAGAGAGAGAGAGAAGAGUCAAAGCAGGAGCAGAGAGUGUUGCAGCGCAGCAGUUGGGUAUUUGUAUUUUGGUAAUGAUUUCGUGUAGAGAAGAAGAUCAGAAGGCUCGUGAUCUUCUUUUUCACUAGAAUUUUUCUCUUUUCAAGUGCUGCUACUCCCUCCCCCCUACAUACCCUCUCAACAACAACCAUAUCAAUACCUGAAUUCCCUCUCUCUCUCUCUCUCUCAUGAGAAGAACAAGAAAGUGUUUCUUCUUUUUGUUCAAACUGAGGUUGUAAGGGAAGAUUGAAAAUUGAGUUUGUCUUGUGUUGUUGGAGAAAAUGGGCAGCAGCUACGGGAGGAAUAAUGGUGUGAGACAGUACGUAAGAUCAAAGGUUCCCCGUCUGAGAUGGACUCCUGAUCUUCACCACUGCUUCGUCCACGCCAUUGACAGGCUUGGAGGCCAAGACAAGGCCACUCCUAAACUGGUUCUCCAAUUGAUGGAUGUAAGAGGGCUCACCAUUUCUCAUGUCAAAAGUCAUCUGCAGAUGUACAGAAGCAUGAAGAAUGAUGCAACCAGACAAGAUAGGAGUAUUACAACACAGCAAAAGAUCAGACAGUGUAGUGAUGAGGAUGAAAUAUUCAUUGCUGCUGCUGCUCUUCCUACAAAAAGAGCAAGAAUCGAGAAGAUGAGUUGCUGCUUGUCUGAGGAUGUGGAAUGCAGACAAAGAAGAAUAUGUGAGGCAGUCGCCAACCCGUACGGUGGUGAUGAUUACAUGCAGACUGUGGCUGAGAAAGUUGGAAUAAAGGAUAAUGAAAAGAGGGUUUUCAGAAUGCACAUUCAAGAAUAUCCUCAAGAAAAUGAAAACCCUUCUGCCAAUGCACCACCACUGCUAGAAUCUGACUUUUUCAAGGAGGAAGAUCAAGAAUACAAGUUUGGGAACUCGGAGGUUGAGCAGCACUCUGCCAGUGAAGCAGAUGGUUGUGAAUUGUCUUUGUCUUUGUCUCUGCAUCAUCACCCUUCAUUCCAGAGAAGUAAUGUGUCUUCUACCAGUGAGAUUAGUGAAGCAAUUUCUUCAUACACUAGGUCUAAUUCUUCCCAAGAAUUGCAUGAACUUAACCUAGACCUGUCUAUUGCUCUCUGUGGUGCUUGAUUUAUUCUGAAUGAGAAACUUGUUUUUUUCCCUGGAAAUUGAAGGGCCCUUGUUCGCAAUCCAAUUCACUUAUGCAUUGCAGAAUUCAUUCCGUGUUUGUCUCCAAAAGCAACGAAAAGGGCCAUUACUAGAAAUGGUCUCCACAAGAGAAUCAAUCUAUAUAAAAUUCUUCUUAUAGACAAGUACAAAGCUGAUGAAGUUAUCCAUUCUUUGGUCAAAACAACAUUCUAUAAAACACCUAUUUUGGGAGAGAGCCCCCAGAAAAAAAAGACUGCCAAAAGGAGUAUCACAGCAAUAACAGGUACAUGUAUUUACACUGAGAAAAGAGAGUUAAUAUACAACAUGGGAAGAGUACAUGGUCAGGUUCCUAACCUCUUGGUACCGCAUUCUGAGCAGAACUUCGAGGUUUCCCUCAGGUAAGGAACUCCGCAUUCAUCACAGAACUUUGCUGGACUUGUUGGCUGAAAUAGUAAUAAGAACGUUGCGAUGUUAAAACUGCAAGUAAUGAAGAAACAAACAUGAUGUCGACAAAGAUGAUUCCGCCACAAUCUCUAGGCAAGUUCCUUUUUUAUAAUCUUCCCCGGAAUCAAGAAUAUGCUGGAUGCUCUAAUUGAGCCAUAACUGAUAGAAUUAAACCUAGUGAUGGGCUUUUUUAUUUUUUCAUCAAGCAUCAUCAAUAAUUAGAAACUAAUAAACAAGAACUCAAGGGCUGAAGUUGGUGCUCGAUGACACUCUGUUGAUGAUAGCCAAUAUUUGAGACCUCAUGCAACAGAAGAGAAACCACAAUUAAAACUAGAUGGAUGUUAAAGAAAUGAAUACUUCUGCCCUACAAUGUCGAAUUGAGGAAAGCACAAGAGAUUAGGCGUCAUGGAAAGAAAAGACAAACACUGCACCAAGACAAAAUUGGCAAGUUGGCGGUUGAAAAUCAAACCAACUUACAUUGUCUGGUUUUGAGUUUUCCUAAUCCAAGUGCGGACCAACUGGACAGUUAAUAUGUAUCUACACAUGCAUCAGUCUUAUGAUUGACUUGGUAACUUAGGAAGCUUGAGUCAAUGUUUUGAUGCUACAAAGGAGUUCAUUAUCUUUUCAACUUUUCCUUCUUUUCAAGAUCAAAUUUCAGAAGUGGGAAUAUGUGGUUCACAGUUGGGUGUCAAAAUAAUUUUAUUUGGGUCUUCAGGAAAUGAAUAAAAUAUGAAUAGUGAAAGCAAACUUAAACAAUCCCAACAAAAUUUGAACAAAAAAGGUGCAAUUUAAAUGCAGAAUUUUACCAUGAAAAUGGACUGGCAUUUAUCACACGCGUAGAAAAUGUGAGAAAUGGUAGAUGUUCCCACAGCCAAGAAAGACAAAAAGUCGAAAACCAAAAAAGAAAAAAAACCAUCCCAUGCAUUACCAGCAACAAGAAGACGAAGCUGAUAUCACCCCUAGAAGAAUCAAAAUAAAGAAACUACAGUAACUGAAAUAGAUAAUUAUGCAGAAAAAUGGAUAGAUGCCAUAAUAAACUAAGGG